AUCUAGUCUAUGAAAAUUAGGCUAUCCGGGCCACGCUUGUGGCUCAGUGGGUAGGGCACUAGCCCCAUAUACAGAGGGUGGUGGGUUCAAACCCAGCCCUGGACAAAACUAACAAAAAAAAGGCUGGGCAUUGUGGCGGGAGCCUGUAGUCCCAGCUACUCAGGAGGCUGAGGCAAGAGAAUCGCCUAAGCCCAAGAGCUGGAGGCUACUGUGAGCUGUGACACCACAGCACUCUACCCAGGGCGACAAAGUGAGACUCUGUCUCUAAAAAAAAAAAAAGAGAGAGAGAAGGAAAAUUAGGCAACCUAAGGAGGUGGUCAAUAGAGGGAGGAGGGCAACUAUGGUGGUCCUACUCUGUAUUCCUUUCAAAACUCUGGGUAGGUACCAUUCGUGACCCUGUGAAGUAUAAAGAAUCAAGGAAUCUUAAGAACUCAACUUUAAGCCCUUUUAAAAUUGUUUUCCAGAAACAAAAAGACAAAAGUCUUCUAUUUUAAAAAUGUUUCAAUGUUUCAUCACUAUUUUAUUAUUAAGUGGAAUUAAGAAGAUUCUACCUGCCUUUUUUUUGUUUUUAGUACUGUAUUAUAUUCAAAUUUAAAACUGGAGAUUCAUCUUUUGUAUUUACUUGGAUGUAGUUGAAGAACAUUCUUCUUAGUAAAGUAUCACAAGAAUUUUAAAGCAAGUAUCCAAUAACACAAUAUUAACAUGAAACCAAUAAAUAACUACACCUCCACACCAGAAAAAAUAUUAAAUUCAAGUGGGGGGAGGGGCAGGAGGAGGAGGAUUGGUAAACUCUCACCUAAUGGGCACAAUCUAAGGGUAGACAGCACACCUCCUGCGUGAAGGACUCAACUACAGCUUGAACUUUAGCUAACAAAUGCAAACAAAUUUGUACCCUCAUAUUAACCUGAAAUUUACAAAAAAUAAAAAUAAAUAAAACCAGAUUCUCAAAAAGGUAUCUAACUUUAAAAAGUAAAUAAAAAUACCCCCAAACAUAGCAAACUGCCUUUAAAAAAUGAAAUUGCACUUAAAAAUCUCCUUUCCCUGUAACACUUAGCUUAAUUUAGAAGUGAGAAUCCAUUAAUUGUCUUUAGUAUUUCUUCUUGAUACCUAAAAGAAAAUAUCAUUUAAUUUUUUUUUUUUUUUGGAGACAGAGUCUCAAGCUGUCAACCUGGGUAGAGUGCUGUGGCAUCACAGCUCACAGCAUCCUCAAACUCUUGGGUUUAAGCGAUUCUCUUGCCUCAGCCUCCUGAGUGGCUGGGACUAAAGGAACCCACCACAGCACCCGGCUAUUUUUAGAGAUGAGGUCUCCUCUGGCUCAGGCUGGUGUGGAACCUGUGAGUUCAGGCAAUCCAUCCACUCGGCCUCCUAAGUGCUAGGAUUACAGGCCUGAGCCACCAUGCCCGGCCUCCUUAUAAGGUUUUUGAGAUGUUAAAUGAGAUAAUGUAUCUGUAUGUAUAAAAUGCUUAAUAAAAUAUAUGACAUAUUUGUUCAGUAAAUAAACCUAUUAUCUACCUGUGUGGAUUCACAAAAUAAUAAUUACAGUUUCUUGUGCUCAGUUUAUCUGCAAAAAGGGGUAGUAGAAUCAGAUGUAAGUUCUGUUCAAACAUGUAAGAUUACACAUUCACAAUACGUGGCCAAAGGUCAGAGACUGGGGAAGCAAGGGGAUAUUCUCCAUGGGUUAGUAAUCAUUACUUUUCUCUUGGGUGAUCACCACAGGUAUUUUAGGAUAAACUACAAUAUUCCUGGCUUACCUUGGUGUCCUACUUUUGUCCUUGCAGAGAAUGUGACAAAACUCGUACUGUUUUUGAGUUAAAGGAAGAAUUCACAGAUUCAUGCACUUAUUAAGACUGCACACAAUUAAAAAAUAUGGGACCCUCCUAUUCUCCUUCCCCCACUUUAAACCUCACCGUAGGGCUUCAGCACCAAUAAAACAUAUCAUGUUAAUUUCAGUUCCUAGGUCCAGUUAAAAACUUUUAAGAAUCUGAUUCUGUCUUAAAACACACUAGGACACUGACAGGUAAUUCGUACUGUGAUUCCUGGUGGUUUUUGUUUACUCCUCCUUUGCUUAAAUGAUUACACAGAAAAAGCAUGCAUUACUUGUGUGGCGAGCUAAAAUAAGAUUCUAAAAACUAAAUAAACCUGGCUACUCUAUUGGCAAUUUUAAUAAGCAUGUCGUUCUACAGCGCCUUGAUAAAGAAUGGUGAGUAGGAAGGGACCCACGAUUGAAUCCUCCCAUUAAAGAGGGAUUAGAAGCAAAGACAUUUUCCGCACAGAAAUAAGAGAAAAAUGUUAAGACUCAGACUACAAGUGGUCAGAUGUUAUAGCACAAGACACUAUAACACAGUAAUUGGGAGCUUCCAUGUGAUUCCCAGCUCAACCUGGAACGAAUGACUCCUCAAAAGCCUCAGUUUGCUUACCUGUAAAGUGGGGAUAACAAUAAUACCUACCUCCUAUCUCAAAUCGAAUUGUUCCAGGAUUAAAUGCAACAAAGGCCUAACAAAUUGCCUCACAAGGACUCACUCAAUAAAACCGUAUUAUUGCAAUCAGUUGGCCUGCAAUUUGUUAAGAGCCUGGGAAAAAAACAAGUGACCCUAUGACAAAGCCAGGAAUUUUGAUAUUUUCCGCCAAGUCAACCCUCGGUGAAAUCAGUACAUUCAACCGCCAAGCAUCGUGUCGCAGCCACGGCCUAUCUCUCCGCUGAGUUCAGAAAUCCCUGGGGCCCACGGUCGCUUCCAAAGCCGCACGAGGCACAGGUGAGGCCUGGGCCGGUUCUACUCCGCCACCGUUGUCAUAGCAACCGCCACCGGGGCGUCACCUCUUCUGGCUAAACCGAAAGUCUGCACUGGGGAGGACAAGCGAAAGGUCCCUUGGUGGCCAGCUUAGACCCGUCGGCGACUUCUUGAGGCUUACCCUCGGGUAAAACUAUUACACCAACUGCAGAAGCAACCGCGACGCCCCCUCCCCGCCCUUCCGGCGGCCGCCGCCCUUUAACCCCGGAAGUGGGCGGGGGAGGAAGCGGCUGGUGAUGCUGGAACAAACAUGGCUGCCCCGGCGCCGGUCGGCCCCUUGGGCUCCGGCCGUCCUCCGCUGGCCGCGGGCCUCCACUUGCUCCCGAUGCUGGGGCUGCUGCAGCUGCUGGCAGAGCCCAGCCUGGGCCGCGUCCACCACCUGGCACUCAAGGAUGAUGUGAGGCGUAAGGUUCAUCUGAACACCUUUGGAUUCUUCAAGGAUGGGUACAUGAAGGUCAACGUCAGUAGCCUCUCAGUGAAUGAGCCUGAAGACAAGGAUGUCGCUAUCGGAUUCAGCCUAGACCGUACAAAGAAUGAUGGCUUUUCUUCCUACCUGGAUGAAGAUGUGAAUUACUGUAUUUUAAAGAAACAGUUUGCCUCUGUCACCCUUCUAAUCCUAGACAUCUCCAGAAGUGAAGUAAAAAUAAGGUCUCCACCAGAAGCUGGUACCCAGUUACCAGCGAUCAUCUUCAACAAGGAUGAGAAGGUCUUUGGGCAGAACCAGGAGCCUGAUGUUAUUUCCGUUUGGUCAGGCAACCAGACACAAAAAAAGCAAGACAGUGGAAACUCUAAAAGAAGUACAGUGGAUUCAAAGGCAAUGAAGGAGAAAUCCUUUUCUGUUCAUAAAAAUGAUGGAGCAGUUUCAUUUCAGUUUUUCUUUAACAUCAGCACUGAUGACCAAGAAGGCCUUUACAGUCUUUAUUUUCAUAAAUGUUCUGGAAAUGAAUUGUGGCCUAGUGACAAGUUUUCAUUCAGCCUUGAUAUUGAUAUCACAGAGAAGAAUCCUGACAGCUACCUCUCAGCAGGAGAAAUUCCUCUCCCCAAAUUAUACAUUUCUAUGGCUUUUUUCUUCUUCCUUUCUGGGACCAUGUGGAUUCAUAUCCUUCGAAAACGACGGAAUGAUGUAUUUAAAAUUCACUGGUUGAUGGCGGCUCUUCCUUUCACCAAGUCUCUUUCCUUGGUGUUCCAUGCAAUCGACUACCACUAUAUCUCCUCUCAGGGCUUUCCUAUUGAAGGUUGGGCUGUUGUGUACUACAUAACUCACCUUUUGAAAGGGGCACUGCUGUUCAUUACCAUCGCACUCAUUGGCACUGGCUGGGCUUUCAUAAAGCACAUCCUUUCUGAUAAAGACAAAAAGAUCUUCAUGAUUGUCAUCCCACUCCAGGUCCUGGCCAAUGUAGCCUACAUCAUCAUAGAAUCCACUGAGGAGGGCACGACAGAGUACAGCUUGUGGAAGGACUCCCUGUUUCUGGUUGACCUGCUGUGUUGUGGAGCCAUCCUCUUCCCAGUGGUAUGGUCAAUCAGACAUUUACAAGAAGCGUCAGCAACAGAUGGAAAAGCUGCUAUUAACUUAGCAAAACUGAAGCUUUUCAGACAUUACUACGUCUUGAUUGUGUGUUACAUAUACUUCACCAGGAUCAUUGCAUUUCUCCUCAAAUUCGCUGUUCCAUUCCAGUGGAAGUGGCUCUACCAGCUCCUGGACGAAAUGGCGACCCUGGUAUUCUUUGUUCUAACUGGGUAUAAAUUCCGUCCAGCUUCAGAUAACCCCUACCUACAACUUUCUCAGGAAGACGAUGACUUGGAAAUGGAAUCUGUAGUGACAACGUCAGGAGUGAUGGAGAAUAUGAAAAAAGUCAAGAAGGUGACCAAUGGCUCUGUGGAGCCCCAGGGCGACUGGGAAGGCACUGUGUGAUAGAGUUGACGUUGAGGCCGGCACUAUCAAAGGAGACGUUUAAUUUAUUAACUGUCCCAUUGGUGAGCAAGAACAUUUCCUGACAGUGAACUAUUGGCACCUCCUGGCAGUGACACAGAGCACGUGGCUAAGAGUGAAGUGCCACAGAAACCUGAUUUUGUACUCGUUAAUGGAAGCUGCAGCUGAGGCUGGUGAUGGGCAGCUAUAAUUCUCCUCCAGGUGGAAGUGGUAGGGAGCGGUAGAGAGAAAAGGGGGAGGAAGAGAAAAGAAAGAAUUUGUUUUUCACUUAAACUCUUUUUUCAGGUGGGAGCCCUAGGGUAUAUGCAAUUGUGACCCCACACGUGUGGCAGAGUAGAAAGAACACAGGGAGGGAAGAGGGGUGGGAAGUGUGAGUCUGGUGCCAGUCAAGGUACCGGAGUGCGGCUGUGGGGCAUGGUCAGGUGUCUGCUGAGGGCACAAGACUUACAAAGAAGGGAAAGCAAGAGUGUCAUCGCAUCGUUGGGGGGCACAAAAGUAAAUGAAAUUAGGUUAUUUUAGAAAGCAACGUCAAAGCCGAAUUUAGUAUGUAGCACCUGCCCCAGCAUGCCCGGCCCUGAAUGUUGCCCUAGACCUUUAUUCCAGAUUUUGAAGGUGAUCAGGAUCUGACAGCUCUAGGGGUCCAGUGGUCUUUCCAAAAGGGCUGUCAUCCGAGGGUUGUAAUGUCACAGUCAGGGUCAUUGGUCCUGGAACACAGCCCAGGGGUGGGAAAUGAUCUUCUUGAUUGAGUAUAGUCUGUUGCUUAGUGGAUGGAAAGAAAUGUAUUUGUAAGCCUAAAAAGCAUUCUCCUGUAGGAUUCCCCACACACCCGGCUCCCCCGGAAGUCCAGAGCAGCACUGUCUCUCGUUUCCGCCCCUCGCUUGUGGCUUGUAUCUAUUUUGUAUGAUCAGAAUUCUGUGGAAAAUGGGAAGGAAUUUUCCUUAAGGAGCAGCUGGAGGCACAAAGGUAGUGUUUAAACAAACACUUAAGUACAAGCAGAUCAUCCUCAUUAGAAAUCUUUCCUGUUGACCAAGCAGGACUUAACACAGACUUGGUCCCUGGAUCCCAGGAGUAUGCAUGUGGGGAAAAGGAGUUUGUUUAAACAGUGUUAUACUCAGGGAUUUGUGGAAAGUAAAAUCUUUCACAGAAACUCAGUGAAGUUCCCUCCCAAACUUUCAGAGCUUGGGGAUAAACACACAUAGUUGCCUGAAAUGAACAGUAUUGCAGCUCAAAGAUUAGUCAUUUGAAUAAUGAGACAAGCUCUGAAGGUCCCUAGUGACCCAGGGCUCACCAGGAGACCAAAGCAUGGCGUCAGCAGUGCUGCUUGGUGCUUGGGGGCCACUGGGUAGGGUUGCUUCCAGAAUCUUGAGACACCCCUGCCUGGGCUUGUCAGUGAGCAGGUGCAGGGCCACCUGAGGGGGUGAUUGUCACCUCUGGCUCAGAGGGCCAGUCAGAAACCAGGGGAUUUGGGGUCAUAUUCCUAAUCGCAGAUUUGGAACCCAAAAAGUCUCUCUUUAGUCUUCUUCCCUCUCCCAUGCUGUUGUCCCUUCAUGAGUGACCCAUGGGUGUUCCUACUGUGCACUUUUCUCAACGCUCCGUGCUCUGCCUGGUCCCACUUUUUGGCUCACGUGGAGAAGUGGGCCUCUUCUGGGGCCCCAGCCGAUGCCUCUGAGCAGGGAUUUUAGGGAAGCUUCUUGUAACUUCCCAUCUUCAGGAGAUGAAGGAGUCACUUAAGGGAAUUCUUUUUUAAAACUUGACUUGGAGCUAUGUGACAGGAGGCAGAAUACUUUUAACACUUUGUUUUCCUGUACGUAAACACAGUAGGAGUGCAAAAGUGCGUCCUGUGUUAAGACCACCCAAACUCUCGGAGGUCCUUCCUUCAGAAGGAUGCAUUUGCUGUUUCUCCUACAAGCAGAUGUUGUUGGCGAGGUGAUAGACUCCUUGGCAGGAACAAAAGGUAUGAUGAAACCUCCCUAUUAGACAGAGUCUCCGUGGAGGUGGCCUCAUUUCACAUGCUCAGUUUUUGAAACAAGGAAACCAGGGAGUAGAGGAGUGAGGGGCAGAGUGAGCAUGUGUGCGGACGAGCACUGUCCAGCCCGCAGCCCAGACAGGCACCUUCCCAGCCGUGCCAGCGCGUGGUCUCCAGAUGCCACACACACCUCCAGGCUCAUCCACAGAGUGCCCAAGAGGCCUCAGCUUUAUAGUCCUGAACUUGGUGGAACAGCAGCACGCAGAUGGAGUCGGGUAGCCCUUUACAAGUAAAGUCACAGCCUUCCUAAUAAGCAGGUAGAAGGUUUGGAGUCAGGCUGAUGAUUAAGAAAAAUCAAAACCCCAGCUCAUAGGAAAACGGUGGUAGUUCCAAGCUUUUAAAAAAAUUAUUUAAGCUUUCAUCCUGUUCUGUAAAUUCGUCUUCUCUUUCUCUAUCACUUAGUAGCUGUGACUCAGUGUUCAGUUGUCCUCAAGUAAAGAUGGUCCCGAGGCAAGUAGUGUCACUAACUAGCAGGCCCUUCUUGCAGGCUGCUCAUCACUGGCCACUUGGGCUCAAUGUCGUGCAGAGUUUGAACAGUUAAAGCCCUCGCAGUAUUUCAGGGAUUGGGCAAAAACACCGAGUGCACAUCACAGAGCCAUGGGUGGUAUUUAUAGCUUCUGCUCGCUGUCCUGCCUGCACAGAACUCCAUGUUUCCUUUGAGAAAUCGGCAGACUAAAAGUGCUGCUGGCUGUGAGAUGUACUGAAAUGUGUGUAUUUUGCUAGAAAAUUAUUUCUUGGACAACAAGAACAACCAUUGAUCUCCUGAUCCUGGCUCUUAACACUGGUCAUGGAUUGAUCAGCCUAUUUCUUAGAUCCUCAGUGCUUUAAAAUUUAAGUAAUUUAAGUUCUGUCAUGUUGAAUAUGAUCCUGAUGACUUGGUGGUCCAUUGUCUUGUUUUUUUUUUUUUUUUUUUUUGUGGGUUUUGGCCGGGGCUGGGUUUGAACCUGCCACCUUCAGCAUAUGGGAUCAGCACCCUACCACUUUGAGCCACAGGUGCUGCCAAGGUCCAUUGUCUUGUAAAGAGAUGCUUUCUCCAGUGUCAAAGACAGGGCUGCAAGCAAAACCUGGGCCAGUUUCAUUUUCUUUCAAGAAACCACUUUUGAGUAAAAGAUUCCGUUUUUCUCCCCCCAGCCAAGGCAGCACACAGCCUCCUAAGUCCACUUCACGUGAUUGCUGUGGCGAGAUUUCCACUCCCGAAUUAUGAUCUCAUCAGUAUCUCUUCUCUCCUGUGUCCCACAGCCUUCCCUCCCUCAAUCCUUCACUCUUCCCUUCCCCCUCCUCUCUCUGCCAUCGGCCGCCCUCCUCCUCCCUCCUCUGCCCCUCAUUCCUCUCUUUCCUUCCCCUCCCCCAUUCCUCUCCUCCCUUCAUCUUCCUCCUCCUCCCUCCCCCACCUCCUUUCUGCCCAGGCCUGUUGGUCCCACAACAGAGUUUGGUGCAUUGCAGUGUUUUCUCCCAGCAGCCAUGAGGAGAUAUUUUCUACACUAAGGAGAAUUUGUUAAGACAGUGCACACUAAUGCUAUAUAUCAUAGCUUUGGCCUGCAUGUGAUGGUCCUUCCACACUAAAGUGUACUGUCUCCUUUCAGUACUUGUAAGAGUCAGCUACAAAGAAUAGUCCUUAUAUGCCAAAGAAGAGUGUAGAAGAUGCCUGUUUUAGUUGUGAAGGUAUUCUGGCCACCUCCCCUAUCUUGAAGUAUUUUCUUCGAGGAAGGCUCUUUAGAGCAUUAGAUAGUCUGAGGAGGUUCUUGGCCCAGCUCCCUGUACCCAGUGAAACAGCCGAAAGGUUCAUGUCUCACACUGCCAAGCUGCUGAAUUUCAAAGAAAACAGACCCUGGCCCACUCCUCCAGCCCUGCUCCCAGAUGCCACACCUCAUGCCUUGCUCUUCUCAGACCCGCCCGGCCUUGUAACAUGCACAGUGUGCGGUGCCUAUGGGGAGGGAAGCUGAAGAAGGCAGACUUUGACUUGGUACCUCUUGGUAUAUCAAAAGGGUAUUCAUCUGGAACAUAGCAAAUGUUCUAGAAGAUCUGCUCUUUACUCCAGUUUUCCCUAGAGUGUUUCUGGCACUAAAGGACAGCCGCCUGAGUUGGUGCUAAUACUUGUCACCACCUGGAACGUAGUUACUGGUGGGUAAGCAGAACCUUCUCCAAAUUCCCUAGGGGCCGCUUCUGUAUCCUGCUGAUGUGCUUAAGCCCUCCUGCCCUCCCUGUGUGGUUUGUGCUUGAGAAACAGAUAAUGGUUUUGGAUGGUGUGAGGCAAGGCUAGGACAGGCACUCCCUGAGGGAGGCACAGUGGUGUUGAUGGGCACCUGUUGGAUCCUGAGGACAGAAAGUUGGGGGAGGGGGAGUUCUGGGUGAAACAAAAUCUAAGUCCCCAAGACAGCUUAUUUUGCUGUGAUGCAAAUGUGUAAAAUAAAGGUCCUGUGACAGAAAUGCAUGUUUGGGAUUCUAUAGUGGGCAGUCAGAUGAGACAGGAGAGCUUGAGGGCAGCCUUCUUAGCAUUUGAGGCGCUAUUACAGGAUCCAGAAUCCUAGCCACACAGGGGAUGGUUCUUGACUCUUUAAGCAGCUUUUACAGAUUGCAGAUUGCAUUUGCCUAGUCCUGUGACCACAAAAGAAGUCAGACAUUUAAUCCAGAAAUAAGUUUCAUUUGAGGGAGGCUUGCAGGUCUGUAAAUAUCAUUUGCUUUCCUGGGUAGAUUGGGAUGCAGGAGGAGUUUUCAGUAUUUUUUUUUAAACACUAAUGAUCAUUGAAGAGUAUUUAUGUAAACAUAUAAGGGAUGGGGGUCAGAUCAAGGUGACGGUGAUGUAUGCGAUGAACUCUCUUGCUGUGAUGCAAAUGUGUAAAAUAAAGAUUCUAUGACGGAAAUACA